GCCCCGACGUGCGCCACGGACACCAGCCCGCCGCUGAGGGCCGCCCCGCCGCGGCCGUUAAGCGUGAGGGGCGGGGCCCGACCGUGCCGGUCCCCAGGGCGGGGCGGGAGCUGGACGGCGCGCGGCGCGGCCGGAUGUGCGUCACCGCCGCUUCCGGUGCGGGCGGUUUGAAGGCGGUGAUGGGCGAGUCCUGCCAGUUGCAGGACCCCGUGGUGCAGCUGGAGUCCUCCCUGUCACCGCUGGAGGCAAGCGGCCGGCAGGGGCCGAUGGAGGAGGAGGAGGAGGAGGAGGGGGAGGAGAAGCGGCGGCGGCGGCGGGAGGAGGACGCGGACCCGCUGCCUAUGGUGUUCUUCUGCGCCGGCUGCAAGCGGCCGGUGGGCGACUCGCUGAGCUGGGUGACGAGCGACGAGGAGUUGGGCUGCAUCCUCCUGCGCAGUGCGACCGCCAGCGUGUCGGUGGACCGUGAACGGAAGAUCUCCAAGCGGCCCGGCGAGUGCGGAUGCACAUUAGAAACACUAUUCUGCUCUGGCUGCUCAAUGAUGCUUGGCAACAUCUACAGGUGCACCCCAAAGCAUCUCGACUACAAGAGGGAUUUGUUCUCUUUCAAUGUUAACGCAAUUGAAAGUUACAUUCUAGGAUCCUCAGAAAAGCAAGCUUGUACUGAUGAGGAACCGUUAACUCUUGAAAGUCAAGCUGUCAUGGAAGAAGUGCUACAAAAGGCAGACACUGUAUUAAAGGCUCUGGAGGCGAGGCUGAGUACUGUUGAAUUUCGGGUGGCUGCUCUUCACAGAGUCUGAAAGAAAUGGCAUACAGGCAGUUUAACUGCAGGAGAAUGAUGUGUGUAAAAAUUGUUUCCACAGAUUCCAGCGGAUUACAAGUACAUUGCAAAAGUUUUGCAAAGAACUGAAAGAUGCUGGUGGCUCAUGUUUCAGUAGAACAAUGAUGAGUCCUUGCCUAUAGCAAGGACUUCCUCUCUUUUCUGUUAAAAGGAUACUCCAAAAAGAAUUAAAUUUUUUUUUCCAGUUUCUGUAACUUUUAGUUUAUAUGUAAACAUGUAUUUAAAUUUUAUCUCUGAAAGCAUAGCAUUUAUCUCCUGACUUCCAUGCUAUUCGAUAUCUAUUGAACUGAGUGUGCAGCUCCUUCCUGAACCAAUUUUAAAAAGUAGUCCCUGCAAUUCUGAAAGAUCAACAAGAAAAAUGAUACUUCCACAGCCUUUGCUUGACCUGUGGUCAGAGAUGAGAGUGGCACAGUAACUGUUUGGGGUAGUCUGGGUUGGUGGUUGUGGUUUUGUUUUUUUCCUCCCAAGCUCAAGACUAAAAUGUAGUGUAAAAGAAAGCUUUAGAAGUGUUAGAUAAAAUGGCUUUCCAUGCAGUACUGAAGGUGUUUUACACCUUCAAUGGGAGGAAAACAAACAAAGCUGGUAGUAGCAUACCUUUAAGCAAAGCUUGGUGUAUAUUUGAGCAAUGAAUUAAAAAUGCUAAUUAAGAGCACUUGUCAGUA